AUGGUGCAGCGCGCCUUUGAAAACUGCUCCUCCCUCCGCUCCAUCACCCUCCCUGACAGCCUCACCUCCAUCCGCAUUUGCGCCUUCUGGCAAUGCUCCUCCCUUACCCGCGCCAAGUUCCCGGCAGGCCUCACCUCCAUCGGCGAGUGGUCGUUCGGGUACACUCCUUCCCUCACCCGCGUUACCUUGCCAACAACCGCCGUGCUUGUGCCCGAGAGCGUGUCCAACGAAGACGCCUUCGAUUUGGAAACCACCACCAUCACCUACCUCCCGCCCACCAGCAUGCGCGCCCAGGACCGACUCUUCUUCCUCUACAAAGGCGUUGUCGCCUACCAGCGCUGCCGCCCCGGCCUUCUCGGCUGGCUAGAGCGGGUCCAGAUCAAGCUCGGCUCUUACGGCCCGGACGGCGCGGCGCGCAAGCGCGACCGAGAGGCGUUCGAGCGCCCUCACACCGCUCUCGACAGCGUCGGCUCCGGGUGCUAA